AUGGCCACGUUCAACUCUAUGCCGGCCAUGUCAGCAGCUGGGGCCGCGGACACCAUGACCAUGAACAACGGCAACGGUCAACCCAUGACCAUGGAGCAUUUCGAGCAAGACCUCAACUUCGACGAGGCCCUCCUUGACGGCGGUGCCUUGGCUCCUCUUCCUUUCACCCCAGCGUACGACUUUGACAAUUUUGCGACGACAUUUGAAGACCCCUUUGCCUAUUCCGCGCGCGCCUUCGAAGCCCCGACGAAUCAUGAUACCGUCAAUGAGGAGUCUUCACCCCAGGAGCUGGAUAACAAACUCCUGGGUUUCUCAGAUCCAAUCCGCAACGUCACCGUUGUUGACGAUGCCGGCAAUAUAUCGGACACACACAUGAGCGCCGAGCUCUACGGCAUGUUCUUCGUGGCCGAGGACGUCUUUGGCGGCGAGACCACCGGCCGGCCGCUCGAACUGACUUGCUAUCGGCGCAACCUCUGGCAAUGCUCCGGCCUGAUAACGCUUCCCAGAGCGAUAUCUCAUGUUGUAGAUGAACAGGGCCGGCAGUUUCCGAUAUUUGAGCUGUCUGCGUCCAUCACAGCGGUAGAGUCCAUCGAGGGUAAGCCGACAGAGAUCAUCUCGAUACCCUGGAAGAGCUCCAACCCGCAGGGUGGUGAGGAGGCCAAGGUCGCCUCGGCGCCGCCUCAUAUCUCCCUAGACCUCACCGCGGCGCAAGAGAUUGACGCCACGCGUCUCUCCCUGCCCGUGGCGUGGAAGCGAUUGCAGUUCAAGCACGCCACUGCCAACAACGGCCGGCGGAAGGGCCUGCAGCAACACUACGUGGUCCAGAUUAACCUUCUCGGCAAGACCAAGUCUGGCGAGAUUAUCAAGAUUGCCGAGAUCCAGUCCGGCCCUGUCAUUGUCCGGGGGCGGAGUCCACGCAAUUUUGACAGCAGAAGAGACGUACCCCUAACAGGCGAGAAGCGCCUGGAGCGAAAGAACACGGCAAGUUCGGACAAUGCCAGUCUUAAGAUGGAACGGGAAAAUCUGCAGGCAACCAUGCAGAGGUAUCAGUCCAUGGGUGGUGUCUCGACCCCCGUUGAAUGGACAAAUCCUCAGCCAAUACCACAGCCGAGCCCGACGGCUCAUCCCGCCAAGAGGAUGGCCGUCUCUCCCAGCGUUGCAAGGCCGCCUGUUCCCGCAUGGUCCGCUGAUGGCAAUGGGCACGUCAACGGCAAGGCUGGCCAGGUCGGAGGGCAGGCUCACCGCGGCUCAGUGAGCCGACAGAGCAAUGCCGUGCCGAUCAAUCUCUCGCUUUCGGAGGACGAGAAGAGCCCGAAUCGGUCGAGUGCCGAGCUACAAAGCCCACAGAUGGGCAAGGCUGCUCCGGUGACAGGCCCGAAUGCCGGCAACAGCCCUGCGGACGAUCCCGACCCUCUUUACGAGUACUUCCCUCUCACGGUGGACGACUGGAUGCCCCCGGUCGACGCUGUGUACCGGCCACACGUUGUUCACCACACGAUUGUGCCGCCGGAGAUCAAGGCACAGCAGGUGCAAAGCAAGGCGAAGCGCUACUUUGCGGCCGAAUGA